CAUCUGAAUUCCAAGCCUCUUCUCUCCAGUCUGUUAAUUUGAUCCAAGCACGCGUACUCCUACCCUACAGAAGAAAAGAUCGAGGGCAUCGGAAUUCACAGCUUUGCCAGAGGAUCAAUCGAUUCAAUCAGCUAGCACGACAUGGAGCUGGAGCUCGGGCUGGCGCCACCGAACGCGCGCCAUCCCAUGGUCAGCAGCAACCACGUCGCCGACGAGCUCAGCAGCAGCUCGUCGGAUUCUUGUGCCCGCGGGAAGAGAGGGUUCAGGGAGGCGUUCCAGCAGGCGCCGGCCGCGACGACGCUGCCGCUGUUCGACGACGGCUCGUCGUGCAGGAGGAGCAAUAAGAAGCCGCUGGUGGGGUGGCCGCCGGUGAGCUCCGCGCGCAGCAGGGCGUGCGGCGGCGCCAACUACGUGAAGGUGAAGAAGGAAGGGGACGCCAUCGGCAGGAAGGUGGACCUGUCGCUCCACGCCUCCUACGACGAGCUCCUCGCCACGCUCGGCCGCAUGUUCCCGACCACCAGCAACCAAGACGGCGAGGAAAUCAGCAGCUCCACCAGCUGCCAUGUGUUGGUCACCUACGAGGAUGGGGAAGGGGACUGGAUGCUCGUUGGAGACGUGCCAUGGGACGAUUUCGCAAGAUCCGUCAAACGCCUGAAGAUACUGGGAUAACUACACAUGAGCUGCACAGACUUUGCUGCAGCUGCACUGAUGUACAUGUUUUUUUCUUUAUCAUUUUCUUUUGGUUUUCCGAAAGGACUUGUUGUGUUGAGAGUCGAGGCAGUAGUAGGGACUAGGGGUUGCAUCAUGUGACGAUACGUAUACGGUAUACGGCGAGUUCUUGUUUGUGAGAAUGUUCUCUUGGAGACUUCCUUUGUGUUUUUUGCAGUUUAUGCUGCAGCUGAUCAUAUACUAUAUGAAAUACAGAUCUUCUACCGUUUU